AUGGCAAAUCAAUACGAUUUUCAAGAGGUUGGAAGACUGCCGGCGUCAGACGAUAACGUGGCAAUCGCCACACGGAGAAUAGACGCUGGCGCAAAGAUUGACUACAACGGUCAUAGUUUCACCAUAUCCCAUACAAUUUUAGAGGGGCACCGAUUCGCAAUUCAGGCGAUUCCUGAAGGGGAACUGCUGUUGUCGUGGGGACUGCCUUUCGGGGUUGCAAUCACUGACUUGUCCCCCGGCGACUAUGCCUGCAACCAGAAGAUCCUUGACGCGCUUGCGAUACGGGAUAUUGACUUCGCACUGCCGUCCCACCCAAACUUCAAAGAUCAGAUCGCUCCCUAUCAUCCUUAA